GGGCCGCUCGCCGUAGCUCCGCCGGGGGCAGGGCGGGACCGAAACGCCCUGGAGCCCCUUAGUGUCGCGCUGAAGCGUUGAGGUUGCCGCCGCCGCCGCGGGCGGGAACGACAGUCCCAGAGUUCCUCGCGGCCGGCGCGGGAACCGGCGGCGAUGCUCCGGGGCCGAGGGCCUGGGCUGGUGGCGGACCGCGGGGCCAGUCGCGCUCCGCCGAGGGACGGGCGGGCUGUCAAGCAGCCGGCCUCCUCUGGAAGAACAGGCUCUGGGCUCUACCGCGGGCGUCCCUUCGUUUUGCGCCGGGGCCGGGCUUUGCAGGCUGACCCGGGAGCCCCUUGUGUCAGGGGGGAGUUGGCCUGCGGAAAGAGUUGGAGGCGUGGUCUCCCUCGGCUUUAAAUGGAUGUGGCCGGGCCCCGCCUGACACCCGGUAGCUUCCAUUUGUGUCUUGCUCUGUGCGAGGCUUCUGCGUGUGUUACUGUCAUUUAGUCCUCUCGGCGAGCCUUUAUAAAGUUGGGACGGUGCCGGAGUGUGAAGGAGUUUGAGAAGCUGAACCGCAUCGGGGAAGGCACCUAUGGCAUUGUCUAUAGGGCCCGGGACACCCAGACGGAUGAGAUUGUUGCCCUGAAGAAAGUGCGGAUGGACAAAGAGAAGGACGGGGUCCCCAUCAGCAGCCUUCGGGAGAUCACGCUGCUUCUUCGCCUUCGCCAUCCGAAUAUCGUGGAGCUGAAGGAGGUGGUUGUUGGGAACCACCUGGAGAGCAUCUUUCUGGUGAUGGGUUAUUGUGAGCAAGACCUGGCCAGCCUUCUGGAGAACAUGCCGACACCGUUCUCGGAGGCCCAGGUCAAGUGCAUUGUCCUUCAAGUGCUCCGAGGACUUCAGUACCUGCACCAGAACUUCAUCAUCCACAGGGACCUGAAGGUUUCCAACCUGCUCAUGACUGACAAAGGCUGUGUGAAGACAGCGGAUUUUGGCCUGGCACGGGCCUAUGGCAUCCCAGUGAAGCCGAUGACCCCCAAGGUGGUGACGCUCUGGUACCGGGCCCCCGAACUGCUGUUGGGAACUACCACACAGACCACCAGCAUUGACAUGUGGGCCGUGGGGUGCAUCCUGGCCGAGCUGCUGGCUCACAAGCCCCUGCUCCCCGGCACUUCUGAGAUCCACCAGGUGGACCUGAUUGUACAGCUGCUGGGGACACCCAGUGAGAACAUCUGGCCGGGUUUCUCCAGGCUGCCGCUGGUGGGCCAGUACAGCCUGCGCAAGCAGCCAUACAACAACCUGAAGCACAAGUUCCCGUGGCUGUCGGAGGCCGGCCUGCGCCUGCUGAACUUCCUCUUCAUGUACGACCCCAAGAAAAGGGCAACGGCCAGAGACGGCUUGGAAAGCUCCUACUUCAAGGAGAAGCCCCUGCCCUGCGAGCCGGAGCUCAUGCCCACCUUCCCCCACCACCGCAACAAGCGGGCUGUUCCGGCCACGUGUGAGGCCCAGAGCAAGCGCUGCAAGCCGUGACCGUGACUGGCGGGAGGUCUCUGCGGUCCGGGCUGACGACGCUGCUAGGAUCCGGCUCACCCUUUGACUGACACUGACCAGCUGCUCCAGCUGACUGCACCCCCUUCUCCAGAAGAGCAGGGUGGGUGCACCCGAGAAGGGCCUGACACUCAGUCUGGGGACCCAUGGCCACGCCCACAGUCGGCCCUCUACAGCCGUGCAGAAGCUCAGGCCCUCACUUCCCAGGAACAAAGGGCCGCUGGGCCCAUCUCAGUGGGUGUUGCUAGCGUGGGAUGGGCAGACCCCCCACAUGGUUGCCUGCAUCCCGUCCUGGGCCCCAGGGUCUGUCUGAGGCUCUGGUAAGCCCCCCCCCCCCCGCCCCCGCCCCCGCCCCAGCAGCAGGGCUGGUGACACUCAGAUGGGAAGGAGGGGUCGGGUGUGGGUCACAUCCUGCCUGAUGGACUGGGGUCUGGGCCCUGUCCCUGCCCCCACACUGAGGCCCAGACGGGAAGGGGCAUGAGUGGGUGCUAACAGAAGCUCAGAGAGAUGAAAGUUUUUCUAACAGACGUGAACAGGUUCAAUGUCCUUUAAUGAACUUUGGGUUCUGA